GAUACCCAAGAAGAAUGGCGUAACGUUUGGAUUAUUGUCGGGUCCGGUUUUAUCCUAGGAGCUUUAAUAUUUCUUCCGUUUGGCCAGGCAUCCUUGCAGCCUUGGGCCCAGGGCAAGCAGGCUGAGCUACCACAUAUAAUGUCUUCGCUCGUGGCGCUGGGGCGACGGUUUUCAGCUUUUGCGGAAGCUCUGCCCCAGACCAAUGUCCAGGAAGAAGUCUAUGGAUUUUCGAAGACUUUGACUAAACCAGCAGACGAUGUCAUGGCACAGCAGACGCCUGUCAAAUAA